AUGAUCUCGACUCUGAUCCUUGGGGCGCUGGUCUCAGCUACGCAGGCUGUCCUUGUGUCGCCGCCAACCGGACCUUACGCGGUUUCUAUGACCGUUCAAAGCCUCACCGACAGCGCCCGACUUGACCCCUACGCCCCCAAGAACAAACCUCACUCUCGCCAAGUCAUGAUCUCAACUUUCCUCCCAGUUGACAAGGCCAAAACUCCUUGCUCUGGUUGGGAAAGAGUGCCAUACAUGACGCCUCUCGUGGCUAGGGCAUACGACGAGCUUGGGAUCGCUGUGGGUCUCCCCAAUGGCACAUUUUCUGCGUUCGAGAUGGAAUUUUGCCAGACGAGGGCUCGUUCAUGCCAAAGAAGUCGCUCCAAGUUUCCACUUGCACUCUUCUCGCCCGGUUGGGGCAACCCGCGUUUACUUUAUGGCGCCAUGGCACGCGACGUUGCAAGCCAUGGGUUCGCUGUUGUUACCAUCGAUCAUCCUUACGAUCCUUCCUUUGUUGAGUUUCCCAAUGGUACUGUUUACCAGGCGGUGAAUCUCGACCCAGAAAACACAACAGUCCGAGCUGAAGACACGUCCUUUGUUCUGUCACACCUUCAUGAUAAUCCUGUACCCGGAGUCGACCUUGAUCGCACAAUCAUGUUCGGUCAUUCCCUCGGUGGCGCUACAGCCGCAGCUACGAUGCUAACUGACUCUCGCAUUCGAGGAGGCAUCAACUUCGAUGGCAAGCUUAUCAAUCCUGCCCUUGGUGUAGGUCUUGAUCAGCCUUUUGCUCUUGUGGGAAGGCCUGGACAUAUUGAAGAAGACCCGACGUGGGACGAAUUCUACGCCGGUCUACGGGGGACAAGUAUUAUUCUGAGCGUCUCCGGAACCACUCAUGCGAGCUUCACAGAUUUUCCAGUUCUCAUCGCGUCAUUGAAUUUGACUCUACCCGACGAAGCGAGAUCGCUUCUGGAGGUUGAACUGGGCACUCUAGAGUUCGGUAGGGUAGGAAAUGUGGUUUCCAGGGCUGUUGAGGCUUUUUCCCAUUUAUCGCUGGAUAAACAGGUUGAAGCGCUGUUCACCAAAGGGGGAGAUGCAGCAUUCCCUGAGGUUUCAGUACAGCGAUUCAGUCUUUGA